CGUUAGUUCUGCACGAGUCUACCGAGUCGGUGAUCAUCGGAGUCUCUGUGUCGGCGUAAAAUUUGCUAUCGCAUUGUACUAAAUAUAAAAAUAUAUAUUUUUAAUUGAUUUCGCAAGCAUGUUGGACUCUCUUACUCCCGUUAUCACAGAAGAUGAGGCUGCGCUCUAUGAUCGUCAAAUUCGUUUGUGGGGUUUAGAUUCGCAAAAAAGAUUACGAGCCUCAAGUGUUUUGGUGUGUGGGCUAUGUGGUCUGGGUGCAGAGAUCACAAAGAACCUGGUGCUGGCGGGCGUAAAGAGUAUCACUCUCAUGGACCACACGGAUGUCACCAAUCUUGAUGUUGUUGCUAAUUUUUUAGCUCCACAUGACUCAAUUGGAAAGAAUAUUGCUGAGGCAUCCAAGGAGAGAGCUCAGAAUUUGAACCCAAUGGUUCAAGUCUUGUCUGAUACAGAAGACUUGGCCACGAAACCUGGCUCAUUCUUUGGCGAGUUUGACGUGGUGGUUGUGGCACGCUGCUCAGACAAGGAUCUGCUUAUCAAAAUCAACGAUUACUGUCGAAGCAGUGGCGCUGUGUUCUAUGCCGCUGGUGUACAUGGCAUGUUUGGUUACAUGUUUGUUGAUCUCAACCAACACAAUUAUGUGGAAGAACAGAAAGAGUUCACGGAAGUGGUGGUUAAUGGCGAGAAGCAGAAAACUGAAGAAACUAAAAUGGUGAAGAGAAAUGAAUCAUUCCUGCAGCUGAGCGCAGCACUAGACGUUGACUGGACAUCUCCCAAAUAUUCCAGCAGAUUAAAGAGAAUCAGUGCUGGCUACUUCAUCAUGCACGUUUUGCUGGAGUUCCAUGCCCUGCACCAUCGCCUGCCAGCACCAUCGAUGCGCGAGGCAGAUCGCUGCGAGCUGCUCACCAUCAAGCGCUCUCUGCUGGCAAAAAUGGAGGUUCCUGAAGAUAAGCUCGACGAUGCUUUUGCCGAGUUAGUCUUCGGCCAAGUGUCGCCCGUGUGCGCCAUCGUGGGAGGUGAGGUGGCUGCCGAGGUCAUCAAGGCCGUCACAAAGAAGGACCCGCCGCACAACAACUUCUUCUUCUUCUCCACCCUGGAGGACGGGGCCGGCAUUGUUCAGUGCAUUGGGGCAUAGCAAGCACCGCGCUAUAAUUUACUUGGUCUAAUGUCUGCACCGAUCACUUUUCAGCCCAGAUAUCUUUUGAAUAAAUUGUGCGGAUGAUAAAUUUACUAGCUUCUUUCGAGCUCAAGUCUGACAACUCAACGACAUUUACUAAAUACAUUGAACUAUGGAUGAAACAUAGUAUUCACCGAUAAUGUGUCAUUUCAUCAAUGUCACGUGACGUCCCAUUGUUCAUGUCUAAUCACAUUUACGUUAAUAACAUCAGGAGAAUGAAAAUACGAACGAUGAA